UCUUUACAGGCAAAUACGGAAUUACAAACCAAACUGGAAGUUUCGCCUGAUAAACCAUGCGUUAAUUUGACAAUUUCAACUAAUGACAAUACAUAUCUGAGAUGUAUAGUGUUGUUCGCUGAAGGUAUUUUUAAAGAAGAAAGUCAUGUUGUACAUCCUCCAGAGAAUGUUCCUUAUACUUCCAAGUUUUCUAUUGAAUUGUAUCCAACAAGAGAUAUAACAACUGACGUAUUCAUCAAGGCUUAUGCAAUACCAAUGAACAGAUGUUCAGACCAGAACUCUUACUACUUAUUGGCUGGCACACAACUGUUACCACAGUUUUCCCUCUAUCGACUACUCAGUCAAAAUCCUAAACUAGACUACCAUGCUGAAUUGGAAGGUUUACGAUCAGGAGUCUUCUUCGUAGUGCAUGAACGACCUCAGAGG